UCUGUCAAGAAAAUAAAAGAGAAUGCAUAAGAGAUACUGUUAAUGAGAGAUGGAGGAGAUUCCGCGCUGAUAUAGAUAAUAAUUAGUUUGCAUAUCGUAUCUGAAUUCGUCAGAUCAAUGUUUUUUCUUAAUAGCUUCCAGAUAUUUAACUGCAGUAGCUCAAAAAAUUUAUGAUGUGCGAAAUUAAGAUAUUUUCAUUCGUGUGUCUGCAUAGUGACAGGUCAUUGAAUACAUGAAGAUGUGACGACAAUAGCGAAAAAAGAGAUGCAUUAAAUUUAAUAUGUCUUUAUCUAUAAGUGGAAUUGAAAAGUCUAAGUUACUAGGCCAUCGUCGCCAAAGAAGUAACAGUGAUCCGCAAGCUACAGCAUUAUUGCUUGCUCAAAUUCGCCGGGAUGAAGCUACAUCAGCCUUGGUUAAGCAUGAAGAUAUGACAAUCCAACUUAAAGAAGUGUCCCCUGCUUCAUUUGCUUUUGAGCACUCUGGUAGCUUUUCCUACUGUGAUAACAGCAUUCCUGAAAAUUCAACCGGAAAAAAGACAACAGGAAGUAUGAGAACUGGUUCCCUUGGUUCUAAUUCCAGGACGUCAAUUACACCCAUAGAAGGUAAACAAAGUCGUCUUUCAGCUCUAGGCAGAUUAUUCAAACCUUGGAAGUGGAAAAGAAAGAAAAAAAGUGAUAAAUUUGAGCAAACAUCCAGAGUGUUAGAAAGGAAAAUUUCAAUGAGAGCUACCAAAGAAGAAUUAAUCAAAAAGGGUGUUCUGCUUCCAGAUUAUGAUGUUAUAAAAGAAGAAGCAGAUUCUCCUCCAAAGAGAACUAUGCAUAAAAUAGAAUAUAAUCCUCAACCUAAUGGAUCUGUUGCAAACGAUUCUUCAAGAGAAGUAAAUAGUAUUUCAAAUCAAGAUUAUUCAAGAACUAUUUGUUCAUCAUCAUUUGAAACUAGCCUUUGCAAUUCACAAAAUUCUGCAAUGUCUAGUUCUCAAAGCAACUUCUCAUCUACUGUGAUACAUAGUAAUUGUGUGCUUAAAACUCCAGAGCAGGAAUUUUCUCCUAAUAGCAAUAACCAACAAAUGUUUUCUUAUUUACCUGAACCUCCUAUUCCAAUAAAUGAAAUUGGACCUAUUCCUCCUCCACCUAUGUUUUCUAGUUCUCCAAGCUUAACAGCACGAUUUCAGCCAUGCAUAGCUCUACUCGACCAAGCAAUCAAAGAAAGGCAGGAAGCUAAUCGAACUACCACAACUACUCUGCCUCAAAUAAAUGUACAACAAGAUAACCAACUUAAUGCUGUAGAAAAUGAAUUGGUUGAGGAAAUUCCUGCGAAGGAACCUCAUUUGACUGCUAUGCCUAAAAAAAGUGCACUCAAGAAAAAGGGAAGUCUCCCUAGUACUUCUGUACCAAAAAUUACAUGUUUUAGUUCUGUUUCAUUUGUAACUUCUAGUCCACUUUCUAUGCCGUUAACAAAUUUAAACAGACCAGUUACAACGUUAAAAGUUGCUAAGGUGCCUUUAGCUGGUAGUCCUCCAUUUAUUAGCCCAGAAAAUAAAGAGAAUAGGCCUUUACCUUUUGCGCACAUUGGAAACGUUCUAGGUGUGCUAAAUUCUUCAAAUAGCCAGUUAGAGAAUUUAUUAUUCUGGCGAGAUUAUUAUGGUGAUGAUGAAAAUUGUAAAUUGGUUGCUAAAAUUGCGCGUAAAGAUUAUUUAUCUAUGAAAUUAUCUCAGCGUCCAGAGAGACAAGAUUUGAUAAAUAAAAAUAUUAUACACCUACAAAGCGAACAGGAACGACAAGAAGUAUGGGAAGCAGUUGGAAAUCAACUCAUCAGGAGACUUAGUUUGAGGCCAACUGCUGAAGAAUUAGAGCAGCGAAACAUCUUAAAAAACCAGACUCCUGAAGAGAUGAAAAAUGAAAAAGAGCAGAAGAAAAUUAUGCUUAUAAGAAAGUUAAGCUUCAGGCCAACAAUAGAAGAAUUAAAAGAACGCAAAAUCAUACGCUUUAGUGAUUAUGUCGAAGUAACUCAAGCUCAAGAUUAUGAUCGACGUGCCGAUAAGCCAUGGACCCGUUUGACUCCUCGUGAUAAAGCUGCUAUUCGAAAAGAGCUUAAUGAGUUCAAAAGUGUUGAAAUGGAAGUUCAUGCAGAAAGCAAACAUUUUACACGGUUUCACCGACCAUGAAAACACAAUUUCUCGAAGAACAGAAGUUUCUUUAAUUUAGUCUGCGCUUUGUGUGGAGUCUAUUGUGGAAGAAAAGCGUUGCAGAUGAACAUAUAUAUCGUUCCAAAAUGAAUUCUGUUGGGAAGAUGCAAAACUUGUGAUCAUCACAAACUCAUCUGUUCAAGAAAAAUAUUUGCUUCUGCUGUAUGAAUAUCUAUAAAUAUAUAUUCACAGCGCAAUUGUGAUAGUUACAAGGUUUGUGCUGCUUAUGAUUGUUUAGAGAUAAAUGCUGUUCGGAAAUGCACACUGCCAGAGAAAUACCAAAGCUCCUCUGCACCUGCACAUCCGAAUUAGCAUUAAAAUAUGUACUUUUCUAAAACUAUGCAGUUUGCUUACAUACAGUGCAAGGCUAAUGCAAAUAAUAUUCUUAUUUAGUUACUAUAUUUUUAAAAUGAGGAAAUAACAAGAAAUUUAGUUUUAUAUUUCAUGUUUGAAAAAAACUAAAUAACAAGUCUUAAUUUUUUAGAUUACACUAUUUCAAAUACUUGCAGUUCAUGGUAUU